CUCUGCCGGUUAUUUGAACACUGGCAGAGACUUGUUGAACACUCAGCUAGACAGAUAUAGCAGCAGCUGGAGAAACAGUAUCCUAAACGGGCACCAUAGUAUUCAGUCUUUUAGACUUCUCUGCUGUACCAUUGCUCUUCAAGAUCUUUCUGGAUAAAAAGACCAACAGGACAAAAUGGAGAUUACACUUGAAAAUGACAAUAACAGCUCCUCAAACUUUGAGUACAAGGGUGCUCACCAGGCAUUCAGGGACCGCUGGAAAGGGACAGAUGACACCAUGUGUCGCCACAGCAUGUCCUUUCACCUACACCACACACUGAGGAGUGAGUUCUUUGCCAGCUACCUGUACCUGCUAGAGAAGACUCCGCUGGUGAAGCUGUUCCCGGUCACCUGCGAGUACAUCAAAGGAGAGAAACAGUUCUACUACAGAGCUCAGAAGUUCUACGAGGAUGUUCCUGCCUCAGAGGAGGGCAUGAUGGGAGAUUUCGUAGAAAUAUCCAAUGUUGAUCUGGAAGGUUCCCUUCAGUUUUUGAAGAGGUUCGUGGGGCCCGGUAAGGCGGGCACCCACUGUGCUCUGGAUUGUGGCUCUGGGAUCGGGCGGGUAGCCAAAGGUGUGCUCCUUCCUGUGUUUGAGAAACUGGAGAUGGCAGACAUGAUGGAGCACUUCCUGCUCCAUGCACAUGAGGAGUACCUGGGUGACGAUGCUGACCGUAUUGAGACCUACUACUGCUACAAUCUGCAAGAAUUCACACCUCCACAAAACAAGUAUGAUGUCAUAUGGAUGCAAUGGGUGGCAUGCCACCUAACAGACAAGGACCUGAUGAACUUCUUGUUUCGCUGCAAAAAGAGUCUGCGUCCAAAUGGUGUUAUCAUAAUCAAGGAUAAUAUGGCUAGGCAAGGCUGCAAGCUGGACCCCAUCGAUAGCAGCAUUAGCCGCCACCUGGACAUCAUGAAGACCAUCAUUGCCAAGGCUGGACUGGAGGUCCUGGCUGUUGAGAGACAGGGAGGCUUCCCUGAGAUCAUUAUGCCUGUCUGGAUGAUUGCUAUGAAAUAGAAGAGACAAUUUUAGUGCAAACAGCUUAAGCUUGUGGUUUGCUUUAAAAACACAAAGGAAAAUUCAGCUCAUAGCUGAAUUCACUUGAUAUUUCAGGAUUUUUUUCUGCUGUUUUGCUGAAAAGCAGAACAACAUAGCUAGAAAUCUUAGCAGUGUAAUCCAUCUAUUAAUGUUGAAAAAGCAAUGUGGACAGCAUGAUGGCAACAAAGGGGAUUUUAUGGAGACUGGGACAUUUUUUUCUUAAGGCCACAGUAUACCCAAGACAGAAGCAUCCCGUAUGUCAGCAGAUUCAUACUUUGAUCUCUUUAUAUCUUUAUGACAUCAAUGAUCUUGACCUUAUGGUUCAGACUAAAACAAUGGAAUAACAUGCAUCCUUAUUUACUACUGGAGUUUAGUUUAAGUUUUUAACUAAAUCAAACAUCAACACCAAAUAUGGAUCAUUUAAGAUUUAAAAACGUUGCACAAACUUGUAAUAUGUAUAUCGAUACAUUGUCUGGAAAAUGGCAUAUUGUUUUUUCUUUUUUAAAUAAUUAUUCCACACCAAUCUAGAUUGGAACUCAAUAUGGAAGUUAUGUGUAAACCUGGAUUGCAUGCAGUGGUACGGUGGCCCCUAGAGACAAAGCACGUACAAACUCCAAAACACGUACGACCUCCGAAGCUCGUACAAACUCCAAAGCACAACGGAAGUGCUCCAUGACACUAGGGGCAGUGUUUAGCUUGAUUUGCAAAAUAAAUGGCAAGUUUCUUGCAAACACAUGGAGUUGGAUACCGGCGGGAAACAGCUGCAAUGAUAGAACAACCACGCUUUCUAAGAAAGGUAAUGUGCAAACUGUUGUUUGUCUGAUUUGUUUUUAAUUACUAUGAACGCUUGGUUUAUGGUGGAGUCAAAUCUGACGUUAGCUAACAGUCAGUGUGCUUUGUUUAGAGAGAAGCUCAACACUGCCCCUAUUGUGCUGGAACUCUUCCAUUGUGUUUUGGAAUUUGUACUUGCUUUGUCUCUAGGGGGCACCAUAAAGAACCAGAAAAUGCUGUAGAGGUCAGGCACCUAGCUUGGGCAAGCCUAUUCCUCAGAACAAUUUUUAACUUUUUAGCCAAGCUAACCUUAUCAUAGCUUCAGUCCAGUCAAAGUUAACUGUUUGCAUAAAGUAAUAUGAUAAAUGCAGAGCAGUAUGCCAUUCAAAACAGCAUCAAACUAGAAUGCUACAUUGUUAUAACAAAGUGGAAAUUUACAAAUGAAUCACAUCCCAACUGGGAGUAUUUUCAUUUCUCAGUUUAAUUAGUCAUUGUGAUCUGCGUGUAAAACAGGGAUGACAGAUCUCCGUCUGAAAUUACAUAGACUCUUACAGCACAUGUUGGCAUGUUUAUAGAGCUGAUGUGGAGACAGUUUAGUCGUUUGGGGGGGGAAAGCAACAAUAGAUAUUAAUUUUAAAAAAAGAAAAAACCAAGCACACUCAAGGAUUGCAACUCCCCCCGAAGGGCAAGGGUAAUACUAAAACUCUGAUAUUUCAUGCUGAUGUUAGCAUUGGUCCCCAAUAAUGACAUCUGCAUUGGUUUCAUAGAUCAUUUGUGCUGAUGUCAGCAUUGUUAACAUGGAAAUCUAGUGUAAUAUACCAAUUUUUUCUGUUGUAUUGUAUUGUUGCAGACUUUCGAGAGUUCCCUCAAGUAAUCCUAUUGUAUAGAUGCUAGUUGUUUUUUUCUGUGUAGGAAGGGCUCAUCUGUGUAGUUUCUUGACAAACAGUUUCAGUGGAAGGAGGCAGAAUCAGAUAAGCUCUCCAAAUCUCGAUCAUAGUUAUUUAUUUCUGAAUAUCACCACAGAUAUUGUCUGGCUGGACUGACUGUAAUCUGAGUGCAAACUGCAAGACAUUUACAGUCCUUAAAUUUAUUUUUAGACCUCCUCUCUUUGUUAAAAUCCUUAUUAAAAAUAAUAAACUGAAUUCAUUUUUAUAACCAAAUCUGAGCAGACACACUAGAGUUCUCUAGGAAGUACAAAAUUGAUCAAACACAACCACUAAAACCAUUUUUCUUCUGUUCAGUGUAGUCAGUUGUAAAUAUUUUUGCUUUUGUGUAUUUUUUUUAAAUAAAUUAUCAUGUAAUAUUGCA